CGUGCGGAAAUAGGUUGGGUGUUGUGUUUUCCAUGCUUCACGGAAAUCGGUCUGCUGCGCUUGUGCACCGAGUGCACGCGUGAUCACGCGAUCUGUAUUGGGUGUGCUUUGUGGUACGUGUUUCCGUGUUAUCGAGAUCGAGGCGCCAUUUUGCAUGCGGAAUUGCCCAUGUCAUUUGUCGUCCACUCUCGAUCUCACAUUCACAAAUGUUCCGUGAUUUCAUUCCGGCCCUUUGCCGUUAUAAUUUGCAGACCAGACAAGUUUGAAAUCUUUGGUUUCAGCCCUGGGCGCUCUUCGAUUUCCUCGUCAAGAAAAUCCCGUUGUGGAAUACCCACGCUUUUAAGCUGUCCUGUCAGCUCAUCUAGAAUCAUUAAUGGGUGAGGAGUUUACGAGCAAAGGUCUGAAAGACGUCAUCAUGAGUCUGGAGGAGGAACUAGCCGAGAUCAAGGAGGAGCCCGCGCCCGGGGAAGAGGCGAUGGUAGACUACUUUGGGAGGUGCGAAGAAGAUGACGAAGACGAUGAUGACGACGAUAAUGAUGCGGACUUGGAUUACGAACCCAGGAAAAAGUCAAAGCGUAGGAAGCUAGUGAGAAAACAAGGGAGGGGCUUGAGGAACAUGACGUACUCUCACGAGCAGCGAAUGCGGAUGGGGUAUUAUGGUGCGAAGUGGGGGAUUAAAGCCUUAAAGAAGAAAUUCGCAGGGGUGAAGGACAGUACCGCUCGGGAUAUGUGUAACUGUGUGAUGGCCCUCGUGGUGGACGGGAUCCUGACCCUUGACCUACCGCUCGAGCAGCAGGUCAUCCCGCCAAAAAUGAGGAAUGGCAUGCCUGUCCAAACGGGCAAACACACGAAGGAGAAGUCGAACGUUGCCGAGCCCGGACCAAGUCGGGAGGCGGCGCAGAAUAAGACAGAGGAGGCUCCGUCUCCUGCUACAGGAAUUGGCGGGAAACCUAAGUCACCCGCUGAUGUCACCAUGGAAACGGGUGAUUGUGCGUUCCUGCCUAAAUCGACGAAACAUGCCGGCAAAUCUCCAUCUCCGGCCUUGUCUUUUCAGGACAAAGUGAAGAUCGGUUUCAUCGCGGCCAAGGAUGGAUCCUGUGUGGCGGUGAAAAGGUUCGACGUGUCGGACACCACCGUGAGAGAAUGCCGCAACGUUGUCAUAAGAUUAUUCGAGUCCGGGAAACUCUCCGAGAUUGUUCCGCUUGAUCAGCAAGAGAUACCGGCCCAAGAGUCCGGCGCAGCCCAUCCCGUCAGACGAGGUCGACCACCCGCCUUCGCGGGGAGAUUCAUUUCGCCAAUAGCAGCCAAAGCUCCUUUGGGCAGCUCUCGAAUGAUCACUGAGAACAGUCCACCACAAACAGACCACACACCACCGACAAUAAACGAUCAUCUCAGUGAGAGAAGCGCGCCCUGGAAUCCGUCCGAAGUCCCGCCCAGCCCCAUUCCCAUUCCCAUCAGGCUCAGUCCAAGCCCCAUCCCUGGCCCCAGCCCCCGGAUUGACAACGCCCAACUACACCGCGGUACAAGAGACAUUUUCCUGGGCAGCGAUUUGGCGUUUCUGCGGUGGAGGAACAUACGCAUGUCACUGGGCUUCCAGAACGACGAAGCAUUCGCUAUGCAUCUCAUGGACGUACACGAUGCUUUCUGUUCUACGUCUUGUAGGGGUGGAGGAAGGAAUGAACACCCACACGGAGCCGAGGUCAAUAAUCACUGCUGAAUACUUACCAUGGAGGAAGUAAGAUGAUACUACUUCGUAAGAAUCACUGCGCCGUUUGUAUCUGGUUAGAUACAGCAACAAGACAGUUAGACAGACAUCCCGACAAUCUGACAAACAGGAGCCACAUCAGCUCUGACUCAGACAGUGGAUGAGGGGAUGAGGCGUUAUUAUUACCCAUCAGGCUAUUUUGCACGGAUUUAUUUUCUCUCUCUAUAUAUAUAAUUAUAAUUAUGAUAUCCGGGACGUCGAUGAAAUGGGGCAGUUCUGGGUAAACUCAGUGUUUAUUCAGUCAGUGUACGUGCACCAAGCUGAAAGAUUUAAACACAGUUUUGAUUAUCUUUGUUCAUGACAUGGAGUUAGCCAUAAUAGGCUUUUAUUCGUUCUACUAUGUAACUUAUCUAACAAAAUGAUUUUGGUAAUAAAUUGGCGUAUCUGUAUUAAUAAUCAGCUAAUAUGCAAUGAGGUUUUUUGUGGCGAAACUCUUGAUCUGGAAUUCACGUUAUUUUUUAUGCACAUUCUUGAUUCGGUUUUGCUGGGUGUAGGCUUGAGCUCGAGAGUGAUUUCCCUUUAAUAGCACAAGAGCAAUUAUUCAUUUCGCACAAUGAGAAACGAAAGGAGUCUACUUUCGCACAAGUUUCGAAUCAAAAUUGCAUAAAUAUUUGUUAUUACUCUAUCCUGUGUUUUAAAUGUGAUCUUUCCGGCGUCUCUCGUUCGACAAUUAUUUUAUAAUCGCUAAACCUCUGUUGUUUCUCUAGUUUCUAAAUCCUUUUCGUAAAAUUUGGAUACAGCUGUAAAGAAUGAGCAUGCAUGCUUGUAUAAUGUAAUGCUAAUUGUGUGAUAAGAACAAACUUUAAUGUACUUGAACUUAACUAAGGUAUACGUUUCUUCACAAAGUGAAAUGUUUUAUUUCACGUUUUAUUUCAUUGGAAUUUUUACAUUGCGUCUUCAAUGGUAACGAAAAGAGUCAAAGCAUCGACCUAAUAACGAUCCAAGCAGGCUAUACAAAAAAGUAAAUUUCCAGUUCUUUUUGAACUUUCAUAUAUUAGUUUGCGUGGAUGAACCGAAAACAACGGAAUGGAAUUUUCACAUUGCGCCUUCAAUGGUAACGAAAAGAGUCGAAGCUCAGGCGAAUAUUUCAUCGACCUAAUAACGAUCCAAGCAGGCCUAUACAAAAAAGUAAAUUUCCAGUUCUUUAUGAACUUUCAUAUAUUAGUUUGCGUGGAUGAACCGAAAACAACUGAUCAAUUCGGGUAAUGGGUGUUACAAUUACUGUAGUUUGAGUCAGGUCCUGCUGACCGGGAGUUUGAGUAGUUUCACAGUAUUGGUCCCGGCUGGUACAGGAAAUAACUUUGGUAUACCGCGUGAAUUACGAUUCAGAUCAUGUUUCAAUGUUCAGAAAACUUGGGCAAACAUAUUCAGCUCAAUAAGUCCACGAGUAAAACACAUUGAUUUGAUCACAUCCAACACAUUGGAAUCCACCCAAAAUCAAAGACAAUUUUGGAGAAGUCGUGAUUUUUGUGGUGCAUUCGAUUCCACUUUUUUUGUCUGAAUUAAAAAAAAACGGUUGUUCGCUGUGAGUUCGUUCAUGUGUUUUAUGCAUUUGACAUAUGUCUAAUUUAAGUAAUGAAAAAAUAUUGUUCUUAAGCCACCAGGAUGUUUUUGUCUGUAAUUGAUUUUGUUUUCUGGCUUUUAUGAUUAAUAAAAACAAUUACGUGCUCAUCGAAUUUGCUUUUUCUUUUUUGCCGUUUGGAUUUUCAAUUGGUAAAAAUUAGAUGCAGCAGAGAACGUAAUCAUCAUUAUCUUAAAUUUUGAUUACUGGUUCAAAUUGUCGUUUUAUUGGUUACAUUUAUUUCGUUGAAUUAAUUUACAAAGUAAAAGCGUUAUUCGGAACCCAGUAUUGCUGAGGAGUAGAGAUAUGUCGUUAAAUAUAAUUUCACGAUCUACACUGUAGGAAAUUUAGUUGAACAACUUUAAAAUAAUAGUGUGACAUUUUCAUGAACAAAUUACAUUUUACAAAAUAAGUUAUUUCAAACUAUACAAAUUCGUGUAGAAUUAUUAUUUUUACUUAUUUUUAGGACAGGAAAUGCAGGACUACCUUGAAUAAAACGAAAGCAAAAUGACUCCUAAA